UGAUUGGCCGCCCUCAUCUCUGCGCCUGCCUUAUUACCGCCUCUGCGCUCCAAUUUGCCCACAUGAACAUGAGGAUUCGGUCACCGUGACGCGCGGACCAACAGCACGUCUUCCCACGGUUCCCGUCACAGUCCACAGCUCGCUUCCCCGGUACCGGGUGGACCUGCAUGGCCCCAUCGACCGCCAUGUCAGCUCUGACUGCUGCUCUGAAGUCUGAGGAGCUCCCCGCGCGCGCGGCGGGGGUGAACAUGCAGACCAGCCUGAGCGCCGCGGAGGACUCCGGGAAGCCCAAAGUCGCCAUCCUGCCGUUCAGCGUGGAGGCGCUGAUGGCUGACAGGAAGCCCAGCAGAGAGGCGCCCUCUCCGGACUCCGCGGCCGGGACGUCCCAGGCGCUGGGGAAGGGCGCGCGCAUCGGCUCCUUCGGCGGUUUGGAUACUUCGGUUCCCACUUUGCCCAUGAGCUCUCCGUUUUCAGUGGGAGAGAUCAUGAACAUGUCAGAGGACGUGAUGAUCAAGGCCGAGAGCCCGGACAGUAAGGAGAGGACUUCAUGGAUUCAGAGUCCACGAUUCUCCCCGUCGUCUCCAAGACGCUUGAGUCCUCCUGCCUGUCCUCUGAGGAAACACAAGACGAACCGAAAACCUCGGACCCCCUUCACCACGUCCCAGCUGCUCGCUCUAGAGAGGAAGUUCCGGCAGAAGCAGUACCUUUCCAUCGCGGAGCGCGCAGAGUUCUCCAGCUCCCUCAACCUAACGGAGACCCAGGUCAAGAUCUGGUUCCAGAACCGCAGGGCCAAAGCCAAGCGCCUGCAGGAGGCAGAGCUGGAAAAACUGAAGAUGGCAGCGAAGCCCAUGCUGCCCCCGGCCUUCGGGAUUUCCUUUCCUCUGGGUGCGCACGUCCCCGCGUCCUACGCGGGCUCGCACCCGUUCCAGAGGCACUCGCUGCCAGUGUCUCCGGUGGGACUCUACGCCGCUCACGUGGGAUACAGUAUGUACCACCUCGCCUGACAGGGAUGCAGGGCGGCUUUGGGGGUAAAUGAGGGGGGCCCUCUGAAGGACUCUGAACUCUCUUCUCUUGACCCGGACAGUAAGUUCACACACUGUGAGAAUGAUCCAGCCUCACCGGUCACCAAAGGUCUGACAAAACGAAUCCAGAUGACUUUUGGAAACAUUUCUAGAGUUAUUAAAUCAUAACGGGACAGAACCGGGAGCUCCACUCAGAGACUGCCGCGCUCCUUCCACCCGCAAACUCCGGCCGGGCUGAGAGGGCGCGCGGGCGCAUGCAGCUGCGGCCUGAUCCGUGUGAGUAAAGGUGAAUUUGGAGAACCACAGCAUUUGUUUUACUAACAGCUCCGCCUGUUGUCUCAUCGAUUCCCUUCGGAAGGGAAAGCUGUACUGUACAAUAUUGUAUAUUUGAAGAAUAUUCCCAUUUAUAUUAUGAAUAUAUUUGUGACAUAACUUAACAAUAAAUUGAUUAUUCUUUUUUUCAUGAAAAAA